ACAUGUCCAGUUUUGGCCUUGUAUUCUUCCUUCGGUUUAGAGCUCUUUACGAUGCAAAGAAAGAUCUUCAACUGUUUUAUUUCAUUGAGAAKUAACARAAUGUUUUUUCUAAGUGGAUCUUGGYUCGCUGGGUAUUKUGUAACUGCGUUAGCAAAACAUUCUUCUUUGGGUUUUCAUAACACGUCAACACCAGCUUUCCAGUCAUCGUUGCGACGUUUUGCUCGUAAAACAGGCGAAAUGAAUCAUCCAAACUCUUCUGCUUUUAUUUCUAAACCUCCUAAUAUCCUUGUAUAUACUGGAAAAGACGACAGAGAAAGUAAAUUUGAACUUAUAAAAGCACGACUUCAUGACGCCCUCAGUAGAGACAGCUACACGGUGUAUCCUUUAGACGACAACAAAGUUUUAGGUCAUCCWUGGUCGAAAAACUCUAUUUUAUUGAUUAUUUACAACAAUGAGGGCAUUGARGAGAAAAUYAUGRAUGAAUUCAAGCAAUAUAUCAAAGWUGGUGGAAAUUGCUUAUGCAUUGGCUGCGGGUGCAAUGGGUUGAUUAAYGGAGCUGUGAUGACAGYAUUGCARUUUGAUUCUGUCAAGACUUGUGCUUUGAAUGUUAAUGUGGACAGUYUAGAUGCACAAGAGAAUACAUUUGAAGUUGAUUGUGAGCCAUACUGCUUCACUGGAUUGAAUAGUGAAAUUGAACCACUAUUGAAAGAGAAGAAAAGUGGUAGUCCAGUGGUGAUCUAUCAUGAAWAUAAACAAAGUAAAACCAUUCUGAGUGCUGUAGAUAUUUUCUGUGAAAAACAAGCAAGGCCAUUGCUYCAGGCCAUCAUGAAAAAGCUUGACAUGAAGUGUACUUCCAAUGAWCUUCCUCAAYUGACACCAGCAUACCUUUUAGCMAGUGACCAGGACAAGUUUGAACUAAUGGAAARUUUAAAGCCACAUCUCAUCRAUGGAUGGUGCAAAGGACAAAAGAUUUCACUUUMUAUAUCUACAUGUAAUGAAAGUACCGUCACAGCAACAGAGGAUGAACUUCCUCUCAUUAUAAAUAAUAGAAAUAAUAGUGCAGUAAYACAAAGCUUUGAUUGGACGAUUUAUAAWGAGCAUCUCAAGACUYGYACCCUGGGAAGGAUUGUUGUAUAUACUGAUGUGAUUCACUCUACACAAACACUUCUUGAAGGAAACCAUACAUUUGUGAAGAGCAUUCCAAAGAAUUCYGGUGUCGUUGCUGUGACAAAUCGUCAAUUGAAAGGAAAAGGGCGUGGUGGAAAUGCAUGGCUCUCGCCUGAUGGUUGYAUGAUGUUUUCAAUUGUUGUAAAAGUAAAGUUUGAUAGUGARCUUGGUUCAAGGUUGCCAUAYAUUCAACAUAUUGCAUCACUUGCCUUCAUACUUGCAAUUAAAUGCAUCCCAGGAUAUGAGAACAUCAAUAUCUGUCUUAAAUGGCCUAAUGAUAUCUACUAUGGAAAAMGUGUCAAGAUUGGUGGUGUGGUCAUCUCAUCAACAGCAUUAGGCAAUAAAYUGAGUGCUGUCAUUGGAAUGGGUGUCAAUUUGUCAAAUAAAGAACCAACUAUUUGUAUCAAUGAAAUUAUAAAACAGYAUAACAUUGAUAAUGGGACAAACCUGGUACCAUUACAAAGGGAAAUCAUCUUAGCAAGGACUAUCAGUUACAUGGAAGAACUAGUAGAURGAUUUCAAAAGGAUGGCAGAGACGGCUUUCUUGAGAAGUAUUAUCAACACUGGAUGCAUGGUGGCUGUAAAGUUACCCUAAACACUGGCUCCUCACCACAGCAAGUUACAAUAACAGGUCUGGAUGACUUUGGUUUUCUCAUGGUAAAAAAUGAUAAUGGCAAAAUAAUUUCCCUCCAGCCUGAUGGAAACACUUUCGAUAUUUUAGCAAAUCUUAUUGAAAUCAAAACUUAAAAGUAAAACCUCUUCUUAGAAGCAGGUUAUAUUUUGCUAAGCACUUCUGUGAAGGAAAACAAUUAUAAGGAUUUUUAAUU